CUGUGUCCGCAGCAGGUCCCCGCUGCCCCGCGGCCCCCUCUCUGUAUGUUGCCGGACCGUCGUCAGCUCGUCCCGGGCGCCGUGUGCUCGUCCCUCGUCCUCGGGUCUCAGUACUCUCCUCUCCCGCCGGCCUACCGCCAACCCUUCCCGUACCUGUACCCUCCGUCGUACAGCCACGCCCCCGCGCCCCGUCCGUUCCUCCCCGCCCCCCCGAUGCCCCACACUCACUACCCGGCCCCUGGGCUGGGUGUCACGUACUCCGCUCCGUACUCCUCUCAGCCCCACCUGUACUCGCACGUCCCGUCCCGGCCGGUGUCCCCGCCCGUGUACCCGACCCCGUACUACCCCCGCGCCCAGCUGUACCGCUCCCCCCAGAGGAGCGUCCGUCCCCCGCCGGGCUUCACCCCGGAGCCCCGUGAGAACGCCCCUACCCCCGCGUCCCCGCCGCCCGCCGCCGACCCCUCGCCGGGGAGGCCGUGGCUCCCCCGGAACAGAGUAUCGUACGAUAAUGUAAAUAAAAAUCAAUUUUCUUUAAAACGUUUUGAAUCGUUACGCACAGGUGAUGCCUUAGGUGACGCUGCUGUGUCGCCGGAGAACGGCAUGUGUGUCCGUAGCGCGGACUGGACCGUUUGGAUAUAA